GUGUGUGUUUGUGUGUGUGUGUAAGCAGCUCCACUGUCCACAGUGCUAACAGGAAGUGACUGCUGCAGCAGUUAGACUGUACUGUAAGUAGCAGUGAGGUGCCUCUGCUGUCCCGCUGCUACAGGAGUUUCUGUGUGUGUGUGUGUUUUUAUGGUGUGAAUGUGGGUUUGGAUGUGUGUGUGUGUGUGUGUGUUAAUGGUGUGUAUGUGGGUUAAUGGUGUGUAUAUGUGUGUGUGAUGUGGGUAUGCGGCAUUUCUUGCUGGAAUGAGCGCCUCGGACGGAGAGGGGCACCUGGAGAGCUGGGGCUGGACAGACCUGUGUGUUUCCUUUUGAUUUGUCUCCUACUGCGGCACUAGGAAGCACCGACCUCAUGGAAGAAGGCCAAACUCCCUACUUUGGUUUUAGAGGACAACAUAAUAGACAAAAUUGGCAUAGGAUUUUGCAUGGUGACAGCUCCAGCUACUCCCCGGCGGCGUUGGACAUAGAGAGGGAGCAGCGGACUGUCCCGGCUCUCCAGUCUCCGGUCAUGUCCAGACGCAGCCUUCGCCUCCACACUGCUGCUCCGUUUGGAGACGAGAGCCUGCUGGACCGCAGCCUGCCCAGCAGCAGCGCCUCCUUCAGCGCUGGAGCCUCUGGCUCUCAACUUGCCAGGUCAGUGAAGUCCCAUCGUCGUUCCCAGCUGCGCUCUGUUUCCUGCUCCCAGUCUCUCCUCCUGAGCUCUCAGAGGCAGACGAGCCCGCCGCUGCACAACAGCAGCCUUCACAGCGUGGCCUCGGACGCCUCGCUGCUCUCCUCCAUGCUGGACGAGUCCUCCGUCCAGGACAGGACGCUGGUCGACAGCUUCUGGGGGUUGGACCAGGAUGUUGAUCCUACAGAAAGCACGCUCAUUGCCGAGCCCAGUGCCGUCCCGACCAACAGCACUCUGAUUGGACAGGAAGAUGACCUCUGUUCCAGCCACGCGGCCCAGGGCCAGAACUGUACGGUGAACGGGUUCUACUGCAAAGACUGUGACCCACACCACACCAGGAAGGAGGCUCCCUCCGCCUGCUACCCUUCCCCCAGAUACACCUCCUCAUCCUCUAGAUACACCUCGUCCUCCCUCGCUGCCUGCCCAGCCGGGUUAGGGGCGGGGGAUUCGGGACCGUCUACCAUCUACUGCAGGGACAAGAGCCGCAAGAGCAGGACAGGUUUUCUGGUGUCCAUGUGGGACGCCGGUGUCACGGUGAGCAGGAGGUCUGCAGCCUCUGUGUUUUACGUCCUCACUCUGUUUUACCACCACAUCCUGCUGAGGAAACAUCAUGACGCUGCAGGUGAGCUGCAGUGGUUGUUGGAGUCAGUCCUCCUGUAUGGCAGGACGGCUGCAGCCUCUGUCUGCUCCUUGCUGACUCUGGUCCUCCAGGCCUGUCAGACUGCAGCCUCACAGGCAGCAGAGGUCGCCCUGCCCAGCUCCAACCAUGUGGGCCAGACAGAGGCUGAUACAGACGAUGGGAAAAUGGUUAACGGAGCUCACUCCAGAUACUGCCGAGUCAUGAACCUGAAGGAGUCGGGAGCGAGCAAGACGCAGCUCAAUCUGAACGGAUCUCUGUGGGAUGCAGUGGGUGACGCGUUCAGGUGGCUGGGGAGAAGAUGGCAUCACGUGUUUGGCUCUGUAUCGCUUCACCGUGGCUUCGUGACUCGGUUCCUGUCAGGCCUACUGCUCCUCCUCCCACUGCUCCUCCUCCUCAGCCUGUGUUGGUGGGGACCAGCCACCCUGCUGUCCGUCCUGCCAGCCAUCAACAUGACGGAGUGGAGGGCAGCGCUGCCUCUGCCCCACCUCCCCAUCCUGUCCUCCCUCACCUCCUCACAGAGCGAGCCGGAGGAGUCCAGGGAGCUGCAGACCCACGUCGAGCCUCCGUUCCCUCCUCUGCUGGUUGAAACAGCGCCGCGAGUCGAGGAAGAAGCGGGGGCAGACUCGACUCGCCUCCUGCAGCUGGAGAGGAGGCUGGCCGGUCUGUGGGAGCGGGUGGAGGCGGGGGGCCGGCAGGCGGAGCAGAGGCACGACAAGCUGCUGCAGAUGUACCAGGACCUCCAGCAGCACCUCGCUCUCCCACAGAGCCCCGGCGGCGGCACCGAGGCCUGGCUGUCGGACCUGCUGGACCACAGACUGACCGGCCUGAGAGAACAGCUGGACCGGCAGAGGCUGCAGUGGCAGCAGACUCAGGAUCAGUACCUGGCGCAGCAGCAGAGCCAGGCGUCUCGUCUGGCUGAACUGGAACUUCUGCUGCAGACGCUGGCAGCUAAAACAGAGGAGGUGCAGCGGCGACAGGAGGCCACUACUGCAGCUGCAGCUUCGCCCACAACACUUCCAGCUCCAGUCAGUGCUGGUGUGGACCGUGAGUCCCACGAUGCCUUGCUGGCUGAGGUUGUGCGUCUGGAGACGGCUCUAGGCAACGUCAGGCAGGACCUGCAGGGGCUUAUGGGAUGUCGAGACCGCUGUGAGCGACUGGACGGUGUUCAGAAGGCGAUUUCAGCUCGGGUUUCAGCUCAGGUUCGUGAGGAGAUCCGGGCUCUUUUCUACGGCAACCAGCUGACGACGGGCACCGAGGCGUCCGGAGACCCCGCCGCGAUCCCGGACUCACUCCUGCGGUGGCUGUCGGAGCGCUACGUGAGCGCGGCCGACCUGCAGGCCUCGCUGGCCUCUCUGGAGCUCAGCAUCCUGCAGAACAUCAGCCUGCAGCUGCAGCAGAGUGCAGAGCGGACCGCCUGCGAGGAGACGGUCAGACAGAGCGUUCUGCACGCUGCCCAGGACGCCGGGGCCGCCGUGACCGAGCAGGACGUCCAUCAGAUCGUGCAGAACGCGCUACGUCUGUUCAGCGAGGAUCAGACCGGCAUGGCCGACUACGCUCUGGAGUCUGGAGGGGGCAGCGUCCUGAGCACCCGCUGCUCGGAGACGUACGAGACCAAGACGGCCUUGAUGAGCCUGUUCGGCGUCCCUCUCUGGUAUUUCUCCCAGUCGCCUCGAGUCGUCAUCCAGCCUGACGUCCAUCCAGGAAACUGCUGGGCCUUCAGAGGCUUCAAAGGCUACCUGGUGAUCCGCCUCUCCAUGAAGAUCGUCCCCACCGCCUUCACUCUGGAGCACAUCCCCCGAGCCCUGGCACCCAGCGGGACGCUCCGCAGCGCCCCGAGAGACUUCACCAUCUACGGUCUGGAUGAUGAGAACCAGGAGAACGGGAAGCUGCUGGGCAGUUACACCUACCAGGAGCACGGAGAGCCGCUGCAGACCUUCCCCGUCUCUGAGGAGAACAGCAGCGCGUUCCAGAUCAUUGAGGUGCAGGUUUUGUCCAACUGGGGCCACGAGGUGUACACGUGCAUGUACCGCCUCAGAGUGCACGGGCGGCCCAGCGACGACUGAGGACGACGCAGACGCUCCGCUGGCUGAGCAGAGCGGCGGCAGCGACGCCCGGGAGUUUGUUUCCAGAUGAAGUGAUGAUGCACAGACUGACCGCUGCUGCAGCUCUGGACCUGUUGUCUCUUAUUUAUGUAUUUAUUUACUUAUUUAUUUCUCACUCCCACGGCCUGUUUCUGGGCUGGGAUUUGCAGAGAUGAAGCACUUCAAUUUGUUUUCAUCGAUCAAACUGCGCUCCAGACUCCCUGGGAGGAUCGGAUAUAAUUUCCUGAGACAGUCGCUUCCCUCUGCCGGAGCCGAGCGGCUGCAGGUUUUCUGCUGAGUGUGCAGUUUUCAGGGCAGAAGGUGUCUGCCGUCACACACCGAACGUUUUGCCUCUUUCCUGUGGAAAAGGAGGAAUGCAGAGUCACAGACCGUCUGCACGUCUGGAGUCAGGAGUUUGUUUUUCAGUGUGCAAACGUAGCGUUUCUUUCAGUUUGUGUCCAUGUUGCGUUGUAACUUUUUGUUUGUUUGUUUUAAGGGGAAUCACCGCUCAAAUGUUAAAUGAUAUUGCACUGAUGCUCUCAGCCACACUUACAGCAGAACUGACUUUAGAUUUGAUUUCAUUUCCCAACACGUGGCUGAUAUCGAAGUGGACCUGCAAAGUGCCCGGCUGUACAUUUCCCUGUUAAUUAUUUUUAUUUAUUCAUCGUUGAGUUGCUGACGGGGGAGUCGCUGUGUAUUAUAUUUUUGUAAAGCGUUUUCAGACUGUUUCAAAAGUGUCUUGGGACCAUUGUUUUCUAUUUAUGUAUAUUUUUGUGUUUUGUAUGUGAUUUCAAUGUGGAACUGUUAUAAUAAAGAUGUCAACUUUUAAAUGCA